UGCACAAAAAAUGUAUACCUGAAGUGACUGUCUGUAUGUGUGCAUCUUUCCCUUUAAUUUUCUGACUGCAGCGUGUAAAGGUUAACUUGUUGUCUUUGCACCUCCUCUUCCCUUUCCGCAGUGUGGUUGCAUGGGAGAGAUAUGUUGAGGGCGAAAGCACACACUAUAUGAGACUGUGUUAUCUCUUUGUCAGAGAGUAAAUGAAGAGUCGACCCAGUUGCCGUCUGCCUAUUUAAUUGGUUAAAAGAAAACACACAACGCAGACACCAACCAGUUAUCCUCACUUCAACAGGUAGACAGGAUGAAACAACUCUCAGGAACAUACUGGUCGGGACGGACGUUAUUGACUGGAAGCAGUACCUCUGUCUAAGUGUUGAUCUGUGCCACGAGGAGAUGCUAAAGUUUGUAGCAGCGAGCAGAAGCGUGCCAAUGAGAAAAGGUCAUAUGUGCUACAUGCUGAAACUGCAAAAUCUAUCUAACCUUACAACUGAAAGACAUUCAGAUGUCGAUUUGCUGGUGUGCGUGACAUCAUUGUCCUGUCUUGCAAGAUUCCCAGGUCCUGUUGCCACAAAACAAGCCCAAAUGUUCACCCCUCCACCACCAUGCUUGACAUCUGGAGUGUCACAAAACACAUUCGACUUGAUUUAUGUUGAACAGCAUUGUAUAUGUGACUGUGAGCAGCAGGGGCUUUGCAGAAUCAUGAAGGCGUUGAGCAAGCAUGAGCUGAAGAAGGCUGAGGAAGCGCUCAGACAUUACUUUCCCCAGUCACAAGAGAAACCAGACUUUUUUAAUGAUGUGAUCAUUUUUACUAAGGACGAAUCAUGUCUCAGGAACAUACUAACCAGGACAGACGUUCUAGACUGGAAGCAGUUCAUCAGUCUAAGUGUUGAUCUGCAGCAUGAGGAAAUGUUAAAGACUGUAGCAUUGAACUAUGGUGUACCAAUGAACAAAAUAAGUACCAGCCACGUAAUGAGCCUGGAGGAUCCAUCCAACCUUCCAGCUGACAGGUUAUCUAUUCGAGUCUCAUCAGUCAAGGAGUCUCAUGUUGCUCUGAUCAACAGCACAUGGAAGUUUGGCAAGGGUGAAUUCACUGAGCCCAUGGUCAGGAGCAUGAUCUUGAAUUACCCUUCAUGUUGUGUACUUGACUCAGAGGGUCAGCCGGUGUCAUGGAUAUUGACCUAUUCUAGCUGUGCGAUGGGUAUGCUGUACACAAUGCCAGAGCACAGACGGAAAGGCUACUCCAAAGCCCUGAUCACCAUAUUGGCAAAGAAACUGCAUUCAGAGGGCUAUCCAGUGUACUGCUUCAUCGAGGAGGAGAACCAGUUGUCCUACAGGCUCUUUAAAGGUUUAGGCUUCACUGAGGAUCUGUCUUAUAUGAAUUCUUGGUUUUACGUCAAUCAGUAGUCUAUGACUCCAUAAGAGGUUUGGGACAAGGAACAUUCCUGUCAUGAUUGCACGAUUGAAGGGGGUGUUCAGCACACAUUCACUAUCUUAUCCACACGUACCCCAUGACUGGUUGGCCGUCCCGUCCUCCUUUAUCAUAUCAUUGUUCUUGCAUUAUGUAAAGCAAAUAAAACCAUGAGAAAACAA